AUGGGAGCUCUGCAUGAUAAUAUGAGCAAACAUGUUACCAAGGUGAGAUGCUUUCCAGCGGUAUUCACCCCUAACAAUGAAAUAAAACAUCAUAUUGAGAUCCAGUCAGCCCAGAAGACACAGGCAUCUAUGAAAGUGUUGGCCCCUAGCACUGCCACAACCUCUACGUCAGCAGUCCCACCCCAUAAAUCCAAAAAAAGAAAAGCCUCACCCAAUCCUGUGACAUCAAUGUCCAAUCCUACAUUGUUGUUCAAUCCUGCAUUGAUAACUGAGUUCAGGAAGAUACUAGCCUUGCUGCAGAACGAGAUGGUGGAGAUUUGGGGAGAGAAUGAGACCAUGAGAAAAACACAUACCAAGGACAUUAAAGCACUGAGAAAAGUUACAAUGUUAAUAGUCCCUUUACAUCUUUGCGUCCUACUCAACCUUGUGUACAAAAAAGUUCUGGGACACCUCAGCCAUAAGACAUGA